AUUAAUUUUAAUAAAUUUCGUGAACGUGUCAAUAUCAUAUAUUUAAUUUCUGUUUUUGUUAAAUACAAGUCGUCAAAAUGCCGUUCAGUUCAGUUAUUAACAUUGAAAAACCUAUGCCUCAUAUUAGUUUAACCGAUUGGAAUAAUCGUGUUAAUACACUAAAAAACACUUCUGAGGCUAGGCGUGAAGAGGCAUUCGCUAUACGACAAGCCUCGCGUUCCUUACGCUAUGAAACACGUAUCGAAGGUGAUUGGACUCUUAAGGAAACUAAUGAAGCCCUUGAAGACCGAAUAUCAGAAUUGGAACGUUGGCGUGAAAUUAUCACCAAAACGUAUGAACGCAUCAUUCAUGAGAUGAACCUUCUGACCGAAGAGAAAGCUUCAACUGAGCGUGAAUUGGAUGCGAUACAAAAUCCACUGGCUAUAGUUUCAGAGUGUCUAGCAUCACGUGAUUGCCGUUUAGGUUCAGAAAUUACUUACGAUGAUGCCGAUACUGAGCUCAAAAAAGAAUUAUACAUAUUAGAAAAUAAUCAGCAAAUUUUACUUGAUCAAUGCCACAAAACUUGGGAAAAAAUGUGUCGUUUGGAAGAAGUAAAGUUUCAGAUCGGUCUCGAAAUGGACAACAAACUAGAAGCUGAAGACUUGGAUAGAAAGCAAAUUGCUUUAAAUCAAUUCUCAGCAAACAUUUCCUAUAAACCAAAUGCUACACGUAAUCCCAAAAAUUGCUGCUCCUACAAAGCUUGGUUGGAGCAUACUAGUAACAUGAAGGAAUUAGCUGAAAAUGAGUUAGCUGAUACGUAUACUAUACGUGAAUCCUUAUUCGUGUGCCGUGAGAAGGCUCGCAAUAUGUUGAUAUCACAAAUGGAUCGUACUGAACACACUAUUCGGAAACGCAUUUUCGAAACUCAACGUGCGCGUAAUGAAUUACAAUGGCAGCAGUUAAGGAACCGCGAAGAUAUGGAGGCUGCUGUUUGCGAAAUCAAAGCUUUGGAACAGGCAUUACGUGACAAAACUGAUGCAUUUAAAUUGGCUCAAACGCGUCUGGAGAAUCGUGCACAACGUUCUGGUAUGGAAUUAUGCUUGGAUCCAGCACACGAUCAACUUGUUAGAGAGGUGCAGAAGUUACAAAAUAUUCGCGAUGAGUUAAUCAAUCAAAUUGAGCAAUCCAAAGCAAAUUACAAUUUACUAGAAGCUCAAUCACGUAAGGUUGAAGUUGAUCUUGCUAAUAAGGAGCAUUCUUUGAUGACUGAUAUACGUGCUUUGGAUAUGCGUCAACGUUUGAAGGGUGGUGAAUUUGGCAUGAAAGCUUCGCCCACACAACAAACUGAACGAAAUAUUGUACUCAGUAAAAUGGAGACUGAAAUACCUAAGAAUUAAAUUUUUUUAUGACUUAAUAACAUUUAAUGAUUUAGGAAAGCACUUACCACACUUUUUUAAUAUAUACUAAUAUCUUCCACCAUAACGUGUUGUGACCCACAAAUUCAUGUAUAAUAAAAUUAUUUGUAUCUUCUAUUUUCAAUUUUGAUAAAAA